AUGCCUUACCGACAGAAUGCAUCUGGAACAACACAGUCCAGUAGUGUGAAGGCGAGCAAUACGAGAUCCGACGACUCGGAUAGCAGUGGUGUUGCCGUCGCAGGAGUCGACACUCUUCCGUCCAAGAAACAGCCGCCUUCUUCCUUCCCGGCCGCCUCUAUGACAGUAUCGACGACGACCGCCAAACGCGACUCGGGUGAAAAUGCCACAACAACUCGCAGGAGACAGUCGUCCAUCCCCAACGCCACAAAAACCCCGAUGGGUCCGCGUCCCUUGGACUACGGUAGCCUAGGGAAGAGGUCGGCCAGCAACUCGAUAACUCCCCAGUUUAAGUCUGUACGAGGCGCCUCCGCCGUUGCUUCCCACGAUCCAUACACCAACGAACUAUCCAUAAAUGACAUCUCCAGAUUCAGUUUUGCAUCUAUACAGGCGAAACCCCCAUCGCGAGACGAUCGUGAUGGCUCGUUGGAUUUCGGGAAUUUCCUGGAGCCGACAUUCAACUUCGACGAUUUCCAAGACACAAUUGUUGGCACUGAACCCAGUCUGAACCAUUUCCCUCUACCCGGGCGAGGGACAACAGCCAAAGCUCCUCCCGCCUCUGACGCGCCUGCACCCGACCAAAAGAAGACACCUGCACAGCCAGCGAUUCCCGUACCAUCUCGGAAAGGUUCUGGUGUGGUCCCAGUAACCCGCAAAAGUUCUACUGCGUCGAAUAAUUCGAGGAAUUCUGUGAAGUCUGACUCCAUGGCCACGGCCACAACAUCGAUCCUUCGAGGACGGAGACAGAGCCAUUUCCCGCCCAAUUCAUUCAACAACGCAAACGGUGGCCCCAAAGCACCGAGAAAGUCUGUGGGGCCAGGCACCUUUGUUGCCCCAGAUAAUGCAGAAAAGUCAACAGUGAGGAGACGGCCGAGCGCAGGGGGCAGGAAAUCCAGUACGGAAAGCAGCAAGAACUUGUCCCUGAGACAGUUAUCUAGUCGGACUGAAGGGAGUGGAGCAGAAGAUACGAAGACUCCGAGCACGACUAAAUCAAGGGCAUCAUUAGCUCCCAAACGACAAAACUCCAAAGACUUGCUCACUCCUUCGAGGACACCAGAUCCAUCACGGUCAACUUCGACUACAACUCAUAACACGCCUACGAGAAGGAGUGGGACGCCUGGGAGGACAACCACACCAGGGGGAAAUGCUGACCGUAACCGGCGGAUAUCUGUCAUGCCCCAUCAUGCGACUGGGUUGGGGGCUCGUACCGUCAGCCCGACCGAUGCUCGCCGCAUGAAACGAAUGUCGAUUGUUCCCCCAGCACCACCGUUGCCUCAAAGCCGGAUCUCACAAGCUCCCCCAACUCCUCAGCCUGAACCUAUACCCCAGCUCCCUCAGUCCGAUCUACAGUCUCCAGCGAUACCAAACCGCAAGAGCUUGACGCCGUCGUCUUCACGGACCACUCCGGAUCCCAAUCGCAAAUCCUACAGCUCAGGUCAAUCUUUGUCAUCAAAUACUAGUUAUAAUUCUGUUCGAAAUGUUGUCAAUAUCCCCGUCAGACUUCCCCAGCCCGUCAGCUCUUCGAGAUUGCCUACAGCGAAACCCCGGCUCGAUAUUUCCACAACCACCAACUAUGAGUUGGAAGUGCCGCCUGUCCCUGCUAUACCAAAAGCUUAUGAAUCUCCCGGGAGUGAGCUGGACCAACCCUUCUUCUCGGCGAGGUCCUCCAGUCUGCCGCCAUUUGAUGGAGCUAUCUCUGCGAGUCCAGUGGUGUCCACUGUAGCUGAUGCAAUGAAGGCAUUGGAGACACCUCGCGCGUCCAGCAAUGUCUCGCAUAGUCCCGCAUCACAACCUCAGCCUCCUCCAGUCGAGCCCGAGCUCAAGCCCAAAUCGCAACCACAGCCACAUCCGCAACCUCAGGCAAAAGCGAAUAAGAAGUCGCUCCAGUCGCUCAGGCUACCGCCAUUGAACCUGUUGCCGUUGAGCACGCCUACCUCUGCCAAAAUCAGGUCACUGAAUGCAAACUCCGAGACUGGGGAGCUUCCGGUGACACCACCUGGAAUUCGGAACACCAUGAAAACACCGAGCACACCUAUGACGGCUUCCAAGGCAAGUUUCUUUUCUAGAGGACCGAAAACUGCCGACGAGGGCACGACAAUGCGAAGUAGCACCUCGCACCAUGCUCUACGGUCGGAUGAGCUGCGACCGCCGAGCGAUAUCAGUCCAAACUUGCCGGUAUUCUCUUUUGAAUCCGACAAAAGUCGCACAAUCUCACCAUUUGUAUCUUCCUCCCUACCCAAGAGCAACGAUGAGUUUUCGAACUAUAUGCGACCCAACUUCAUCAACGAGUUGAACAGGAACCCAAGUCAGCCUCGACCCAACGGACCUCGUGCCCCUAGCUUCUCAAUCACACCGAAAUCCGAAGCUACGGUCGUCUCAAGUCCGGCAGAAAAGCUUACCGAGAGUGAAUCUGUGUUCUCUACAACCUCGCUCAGGAGGAAAUUGAGUCGCAAACGGAGUGAGUCGAAGUUGCCAGAAACAGCGACGCAGGAUGAAGACUUGUCCAAGUAUGAUAACAUGCCUCCGCCAAAGCUUCCAGCGUCCGCAAGCUGGGCCAAUAUCCAUACUGGGGCUGCAAGUCCUCAACGGCCGUCUUACCUCAGGUCCCGGAGACAGACAUCCACGUCUAGCACAAACAACGGUCCAGAACGAAAGGAGAGCUUUGACAAUACCGUGUCAACUGGUCGUCCAUCACUCGAUUCUGGGAGAAUUCUCGCAGCUAAUUCGCAUCGGUCGGGAUCCCUCUCGUCUAGCGCUCUCAACCUUACUGCCCAUAAACCAGUACAACGUCAACAAGAGCAACCACCUUUAGAUCGCGACGACAUGGUUGCAGAAGAUGAAAUGAAGAAGCUCGCUUCGAAGAGGAAGGACUUUGAAUCAGCCGCACGGGAGUUGGACAACCUUCGAGCGCGGGCCAAACCUACCACUCGCAUGUCACACGUUGCUGCCGCGCGUAUUUUUGACCUGAAUAUCUUUGAACGAGGCGAGAUUGUUGAUUUCCCGGACGUUUACUUCACGGGAACUCUCAACGCAAGGAAAAUUGUGGGGGAUCCGGGGUCAACUUCCACCAAUUUCGGAUAUGAUGAUGAACGCGGUGAUUACAAUAUUGUUGAAGGAGAUCAUCUGGCCUACCGAUACGAGGUUGUUGAUCUUCUUGGGAAAGGUAGCUUUGGACAGGUUGUACGCUGUGUUGAUCACAAGACAGGAAUCCUUGUUGCAGUAAAGAUCAUUCGCAACAAGAAAAGAUUCCAUCAACAGGCUCUUGUGGAGGUCAACAUCCUGCAAAAGCUCAAGGAAUGGGAUCCUCACAAAAAGCACAGCGUUGUCAAUUUCGAUCAAAGCUUUUAUUUCCGCGGCCAUCUUUGUAUUUCUACCGACCUCCUGGGUAUGAACCUGUACGAAUUCAUCAAAGCGCACGACUUCCGAGGUUUCUCGCUGAAACUGAUCCGACGAUUCACGAAACAGCUUCUCCAAUGUCUGGUCCUUCUGCAGCACCACAAGGUUAUUCAUUGCGAUCUCAAACCAGAAAAUAUCCUCCUCGCGCAUCCUGUCCAUUCUGAAAUAAAAGUGAUUGAUUUUGGUUCCAGCUGUUUCGAGCACGAGAAGGUGUACACUUAUAUCCAAUCCCGAUUCUAUCGGUCACCCGAAGUCAUUCUUGGAAUGUCUUACGGCAUGCCUAUCGACAUGUGGAGCGUUGGCUGCAUCCUGGCAGAGCUUUACACUGGUUAUCCAAUCUUCCCAGGAGAAAACGAGCAGGAGCAACUUGCCUGCAUUAUGGAAGUCUUUGGUCCUCCAGAAAAGCAUCUCAUUGAGAAAAGUAGCCGGAAGAAGCUCUUCUUCGACUCGAUGGGUAAACCUCGCUUGACGGUAUCUUCUAAGGGAAAGAGAAGGCGGCCGAGCUCCAAGGAUUUACGACAAGUCUUGAGAUGUGAUGACGAAGCAUUCCUAGACUUCAUAACUAAGUGUUUGAAGUGGGAUCCGACACGACGAAUGACACCUCACGAGGCGAACAAGCAUGAAUUUAUUACAGGGAUCAAAAUGAGCUCGAGCGCUGCCAGGAGGAACACCCAGUCCGCUGUGAACUCACCAGUCAAGAGAGGGAACUCUCUGACCACCACCGGAGGGGGCAUUAGACCACUGCCACAACCUCCAACUACCUUGAAGGCGCCAGUUUCAGGUCGACAGGAGACCUCUCCAAACAAGGGAGGCCCACGGCGCCAGUCAACCAUGACUGGGGGCUUUCAAGCGACAUCACAAGCCAAGCGCGCGUCACAUGCGGCGAUGACCUCGUCGGCGUCCAAUCCGAACCUGGCAAGACUGACUGUCGGCCAAAGGAGUCUGAGUAAUAGAUCUGAUUUAGCUGCAGCGGCGGCGGCGGCCAGUCUAGUCAAGUGA